AUGGCGGCGGUGAAGAAGUACACGGUGGCGCUCUUCCUCGCCGUCGCCCUCGUGGCGGGGCCGGCCGUCUCCUACGCCGCCGACGCUGCCUACACCCCGGCCGCCCCAGCCGGAGCCGCCGGGACACAGCCCAAGGCGACGACCGACGAGCAGAAGCUGAUGGAGAAGAUCAACGACGGCUUCAAGGCGGCCGUGGCGGCCGCAGCCGGCGUCCCUGCGGCGGACAAGUACAAGACAUUUGAUGCCACAUUCAGCGAGGCCUCUAACAAGGCUUUCGCGGAGGUCCUCAAGGGCGCCGCCGCCGGCCAGUACGCCGGCCAGUCCAGCUCCAUGGCCAAACUCUCCAGCAGCCUCGAACUCUCCUACAAGCUCGCCUACGACAAAGCCCAGGGAGCCACCCCCGAGGCCAAGUACGACGCCUACGUCGCCACCCUCACCGAGUCGCUCCGCGUCAUCUCCGGCACCCUCGAGGUCCACUCCGUAAAGCCCGCCGAGGAGGAGGUCAAGGGGGUCCCCACCGGCGAGCUGAAGGCCAUCGAUCAGGUCGACGCCGCCUUCAGGACCGCCGCCACGGCCGCCGACGCUGCCCCGGUCAACGACAAGUUCACCGUCUUCGAGACCGCCUUCAACAAGGCCAUCAAGGAGACCACGGGCGGCGCAUAUGAGAGCUACAAGUUCAUCCCGGCCCUCGAGGCCGCUGUCAAGCAGGCGUACGCCGCCACCGUCGCCGCCGCGCCGGAGGUAAAAUUCACCGUCUUUCAGACCGCCCUGAGCAAGGCCAUCAAUGCCAUGACCCAAGCCGAGAAGGAUGCCGCAGCCACCGCCACCGCCACCGCUGGGGCCAGCGCCGGCGCCACUGCCGGUGGCUACAAAGCCUGA